AUGUCCGUAACCACCAAUAAGAAGGGCAAUCGAGUCGUCUACCAUUACUGGGACUACUCCUUCGAAUGGACCCCGCAGCAUCGUCCUGGCAGCGAACUAGAACCCUGGAUCCGAACCUGCGACACCCUAGCCGAUGAAGCCAACGAGGUACUUGACAGUUUACCGGCUUCUUCAGAAGAUCCCACAAAACGGGAUAGAUACGCACUGCUGAGGGAUAACCAUGCUCAAAACCCUAAGCUGGAAGAACUCUGGAAUCAAAUCAAUACCGUGCCGGAAUGGGUGGAUUGGGAGCAGAUCCAGCGUGGCCAGGAUAUCUUCUGGCGGCACUUGGUGCCUGUCACAAAUGCUUUGACAUUCGUUAGCCUUUUAGGCGGAAUGGGUGCUAUCCGCGUUGGUGAAGUUUUGACCCGAACAGGCGGCUUCAGCGCAAAAGUCGUCCGCUGGCGCCUCCUCGAAACAGUCCAGCACACAAUCCAAGUGAACAAAAGCGCCGAGGCCCUGAAGCCAGGCGGAGAGGGCCACCUCGCCUCCGUGCGCGUCAGACUCUUACACUCCGCUGUGCGUCGGAAAAUCAUGAGUCUCGUGGAACAGGAUCCCACAUAUUAUGACGCCGGGCGCUACGGCCUUCCCAUCAAUGACCUGGAUUCAUUCGCGACGAUAAACACAUUCAGUAGCACGGUGAUUUGGCUGGGUCUUCCGCGGCAGGGGAUUCAUUUGACUCCACAAGAAGAGGAGGAUUACAUUGCAGUUUGGCGGCUGGUGGCGUGGUAUAUGGGGGCGCCGACGGAGCCGUUCGAGAGUGCGGCAAAAGCGAAGGUUGUAUCGGAGUCGCUGCUGGUUAACGAGUUUGAUCCGACGGACACGGGCAGAAUCCUGGCGAGGAAUAUUGCGAUUGGACUGGAGAACACGGCCCCGAUAUACGCGUCUCUGGAGUACAUGGAUGCAUUGACAAGAUUGCUGAAUGGGGAUCAGCUGUCGGAUGAGUUACAAAUUCCGAAGACUAGUCUCUAUUACCGAGUGCUUAUUUGGGGGUAUUGCUUCUGGGUGAAGGUGCAGAGCAAGACGAUUCCGUUGAUUCCAGCUGUUGAUCGACAUGUUAUCGAGAACCGCAAGAAAAUGUUCUGGAAACACCUCAUGGACGAGAAAGACGGUCUUGGGAAAGAAACAGUGUUCGACUUCAAAUACAUUCCAACGCUAAAGAGAAGAACAAGGCUGGGGGAGCGGAAGAGGUAUUUCUUCAAGAAGCCAGGUGUAGAGAUCCUCUCGUAUCUAGGGCUUCUCUCUGCAUUUGCAACCACAGUCGGGUUUAGUACAGGGCUCUAUUUGGUCAUUACCGGGGCUUUCCCAGAGACUCGUGUAGUAAUACCCCGUCUCCUGCGGGCUCUCAGGGAUCGGUUGGCGAUGCUACCUGUUGGAGCACUUACAGUGCCGGAGCUUGUUAAGGGGUUGCGAGGAAUAUUUUCAUUGUGAAAGGGAUUUUUUUGGACGUAUAAGACCGGUCUAUAGAUAAUAAAAAGACUACAUGGUAGUGGUC